AUGGACUUCUCAGACAGGUUAAUAAGUAAGAUGUUAAGGGAGUUGAGAUAAGGUUGAUGGAAAUAGCAUUACUUGUAUCUUGUGUUUGAAUUGAAGAGCAACCUCCCGUGACCCCAUUUCCAUUUACUGCAACAGCGAAUGGAAUUAAUGUUAUCUGUCAGAAAAUAAUUGUGCUUUAAAGGUGAAAGCUGUUUUGCAUGCUUAACAAAAUGUUAUAUCUUCUUUUCAGGGAAACAGAAAACUGUUAUGAAAAGGAACCAUGUCACAUGAGUCGAUGUUACAGCCGUACCAGCCUAAUGACAAGUGAGUUAUACCUACAGUGCAUUCAGAAGGUAUUCAGACCCCUUCCCUUUCUCCACAUUUUGUUAUGUUGCAGCCUUAUUCUAAAAUGGAUUAAUACAAAAUAAAUCCUCAUCAAUCUACACACAAUACCCCAUAAUGACAAAGUGAAAACAGGUUUUUAGAAGUGUUUGCAAAUGUAUUAAAAAUAAAAAACAGAAAUACCAUAUUUACUUAAGUAUUUACACCCUUUGCUAUGAGAUUCAAAAUUGAGCUCAUGUGCAUCCUGUUUCCAUUGAUCAUCCUUGAGAUGUUUCUACAACUUGAUUAGAGUCCACCUGUGGUAAAUUCAAUUGAUUGGACAUGAUUUGGAAAGGCACACACCUGUCUAUAUAAGGUCCCACAGUUGACAAUGCAUGUCAGAGCAAAAACCAAGCGAUGAGGUCGAAGGAAUUGUCCGUAGAGCUCAUAGACAGGAUUGUGUGGAGGCACAGAUCUGGGGAAGGGUACCAAAAAAUGUCUGCAGCAUUGAAGGUCCCCAAGAACAGAGUGGCCUCCAUCAUUCUUAAAUGGAAGAAGUUUGGAACCACCAAGACUCUUCCUAGAGCUGGCCGCCCAAACAAACUGAGCAAUCGGGGGAGAAGGGCGUUGGUCAGGGUUGUGACCAAGAACCCGAUGGUCACUCUGACAGAGCUCCAGACUUCCUCUGUGGAGAUGGGAGAACUUUCCAGAAGGACAACUAUCUCUGCAGCACUCCACCAAUCAGGCCUUUAUGGUAGAGUGGCCAGACGGAAGCCACUCAUCAGUUAAAGGCACAUGACAGCCUGCUUGGAGUUUGCCAAAAGGCACCUAAAGGACUCUCAGACCAUGAGAAACAAGAUUAUCUGGUCUGAUGAAACCAAGAUUGAACUCUUUGGCCUGAAUGCCAAGCGUCAUGUCUGGAGGAAACCUGGCACCAUCCCUACGGUGAAGCAUGGGGGUGGCAGCAUCAUGCUGUGGGGGUGUUUUUCAGUGGCAGGGACUGGGAGACUAGUCACGAUCGAAGGAAAGAUUAAUGGAGCAAAGUACAGAGAGAUCUUUGAUGAAAACCUGCUCCAGAGCGCUCAGGACCUCAGACUGGGGCGAAGGUUCACCUUCCAACAGGACAACAACUCUAAGCACACAGCCAAGACAACACAGGAGUGGCUUCGGGACAAGUCUCUGAAUGUCCUUGAGUGGCCCAGCCAGAGCCCGGACUUGAACCCGAUCGAACAUCUCUGGAGAGACCUGAAAAUAGCUGUGCAGCGACGCUCCCAAUCCAACCUGACAGAGCUUGAAAUGAUCUGCAGAGAAGAAUGGGAGAAACAACCCAAAUACAGGUGUGCCAAGCUUGUAGCGUCAUACCCAAGAUGUCUCGAGGCUGUAAUCACUGCCAAAGGUGCUUCAACAAAGUACUGAGUAAAGGGUUUGAAUACUUAUAUAAAUGUUAUAUUUCGUUAUUAUUUUUAUUUUUUAAUUGCAAAAAAGUAUAAAAACCACUUUUUGCUUUGUCAUUAUGGGGUAUUGUGUGUAGAUUGAUGAGGGGAAAAAAUUAAAAACAUUUUUGAACAAGGCUGUAAUGUAACAAAAUGUGGAAAAAGGGAAGGGUUCUGAAUACCUUCCGAAUGCACUGUAAGUGUUUCAAAACUGACCUUCAAAAAGUCUUUCACAAUUCCUUUCUGUAGCAACCCUCAUUCAAUCAGUGCAGUGGAGACAUUCAGUUUGCACCAUAGUGUGUCAGAAAAUGUGAAUAAUUAUGUGGAUUAUAAUUAGUUGAUAUACAUUAUUUGGGAGGGGUUGAUACAUGUUUUGUUAAGGCAAAUCAAGUCUGAAAUGUUGAAGUGGAAAUUAUAAACUUCAGAAGUCUUUUUAACCUCGAAUACGCUACAUGUUUGCAUUGCCUGCCGUGCAGGAAAAUUAUCAGCAACAAAAGAGUGAUCAAAUGAAGAUCCUACAUCUGUAGCUUCAUCAGAUACAGAUGAAUCACAUUAGUAAGAAACAAAACUGGUUAUAGCACAAUACAAUGUCAAACCCCAUGCCAAAACGGCAGUAUGUACAUCAAGUGUUACCAGAGGAAUCUAAAUCUUCCUCCUUUUCCCCAAGGUCUGAUGUCAUAGAAGGCCGUCUGACCAAUCAGGAGAGUAUGAUGAGCGUGCUGCUUGAGCAGGCGUUGAGGAUCAAGGAGGAGGUGGUGGCCAGUCUGCACUUCACCGAGGGCACUGUCCAGUCAGAGACCUCUUCUCGCAGGCUGCUGGAGAGCCACAUCCACACCAUCACACACAUCGUCAAACAGCUCAGCACUGACAUCCAGGUAGUAGCCUGUGGCAUCCUGUGUCUCUCUCCAUUGUUGUCAUCAUGUAGCAUACAUACAGGAAGAGGGUAUGAAGAUACAACCAAAAUACUGCAGUCACAUACAGUGGGGGAAAAAAAUAUUUAGUCAGCCACCAAUUGUGCAAGUUCUCCCACUUAAAAAGAUGAGAGAGGCCUGUAAUUUUCAUCAUAGGUACACGUCAACUAUGACAGACAAAAUGAGAGAAAAAAAAUCCAGAAAAUCACAUUGUAGGAUUUUUAAUGAAUUUAUUUGCAAAUUAUGGUGGAAAAUAAGUAUUUGGUCACCUACAAACAAGCAAGAUUUCUGGCUCUCACAGACCUGUAACUUCUUCUUUAAGAGGCUCCUCUGUCCUCCACUCGUUACCUGUAUUAAUGGCACCUGUUUGAACUUGUUAUCAGUAUAAAAGACACCUGUCCACAACCUCAAACAGUCACACUCCAAACUCCACUAUGGCCAAGACCAAAGAGCUGUCAAAGGACACCAGAAACAAAAUUGUAGACCAGCACCAGGCUGGGAACACUGAAUCUGCAAUAGGUAAGCAGCUUGGUUUGAAGAAAUCAACUGUGGGAGCAAUUAUUAGGAAAUGGAAGACAUACAAGACCACUGAUAAUCUCCCUCGAUCUGGGGCUCCACGCAAGAUCUCACCCCGUGGGGUCAAAAUGAUCACAAGAACGGUGAGCAAAAAUUCCAGAACCACACGGGGGGACCUAGAGAAUGACCUGCAGAGAGCUGGGACCAAAGUAACAAAGCCUACCAUCAGUAACACACUACGCCGCCAGGGACUCAAAUCCUGCAGUGCCAGACGUGUCCCCCUGCUUAAGCCAGUACAUUUCCAGGCCCGUCUGAAGUUUGCUAGAGUGCAUUUGGAUGAUCCAGAAGAGGAUUGGGAGAAUGUCAUAUGGUCAGAUGAAACCAAAAUAGAACUUUUUGGUAAAAACUCAACUCGUCGUGUUUGGAGGACAAAGAAUGCUGAGUUGCAUCCAAAGAACACCAUACCUACUGUGAAGCAUGGGGGUGGAAACAUCAUGCUUUGGGGCUAUUUUUCUGCAAAGGGACCAGGACGACUGAUCCGUACAAAGGAAAGAAUGAAUGGGGCCAUGUAUCGUGAGAUUUUGAGUGAAAACCUCCUUCCAUCAGCAAGGGCAUUGAAGAUGAAACGUGGCUGGGUCUUUCAGCAUGACAAUGAUCCCAAACACACCGCCCGGGCAACGAAGGAGUGGCUUCGUAAGAAGCAUUUCAAGGUCCUGGAGUGUCCUAGCCAGUCUCCAGAUCUCAACCCCAUAGAAAAUCUUUGGAGGGAGUUGAAAGUCCGUGUUGCCCAGCGACAGCCCCAAAACAUCACUGCUCUAGAGGAGAUCUGCAUGGAGGAAUGGGCCAAAAUACCAGCAACAGUGUGUGAAAACCUUGUGAAGACUUACAGAAAACGUUUGACCUGUGUCAUUCCCAACAAAGGGUAUAUAACAAAGUAUUGAGAAACUUUUGUUAUUGACCAAAUACUUAUUUUCCACCAUAAUUUGCAAAUAAAUUCAUUAAAAAUCCUACAAUGUGAUUUUCUGGAUUUUUUUUCCUCAUUUUGUCUGUCAUAGUUGACGUGUACCUAUGAUGAAAAUUACAGGCCUCUCUCAUCUUUUUAAGUGGGAGAACUUGCACAAUUGGUGGCUGACUCAAUACUUUUUUCCCCACUGUAUAAAUAUGGUCUGUUUUCAGUUGACAUUGACAAUAAACUCUAUAAUAACAGCCAGUAAACAGCACAUAGAGAACUACACAACCGGUUCAUGUAAUCAUGUUCAUCAUAAUCAUGACCAUAACCCGCAUGUGUGGUAUUACUGUACUGUAUAGACAAGUUUAAUGAAAACACUAAAUAUAACACUAUUGUAAUGGAAGGAGUACAUUUAAUACAUAUCAUAAUAAUUAUUGUGUCAUAAUAUGUCAACGGGCUGUGCUCCUAACGUUGAUCAAUCAUCUGUAGUGGCAGUGUAGAAACCUGAGAGCGGUGAGUAUAGGAGCGCGAGGUCAGCGUGACGAGAGAGUGUUACAGAUGUAGGAUCUUAAUUUGAUCACCCUUUGUUGCUGAGAAUUUUCCUGCAAUGCAGGAAAUGCAAACUUAUAGUGUAUUUGUGUUUUAAAAAGACUUCUAAAGUUAGUAAUUUCCACUUUGAAAUGUCUAACUUGAUUUGCCCUAACGUAAAAUGUAUCAACCCCUACAAAAAUAUUAAUUUAUUAUAAUCCCCAUAAUAAUGUACAUUUCCUGUUGCUGCAGGAUUAUUUAACUGCUGUAGAAAACUGGCUCAAAUUAAGAUCCUACAUCUGUGAGUGUCUCUGUGUGAGUCUCUAUCUUUCUCUCCCUGCCGGAUCAGGCUGAUUUGAUUAUGCUGCACUGAGCAAAGCCUCACUGAAUCUCAUUCAGAGCUCAUGGCGUAUUCCUCAUAAGUAAGCAGAAAUUUUUACGACAUCCAAUAAACCUCAACGAGUUCUGGAACGGUUGCCAACAGGGCCACUUAAAAGAGGGAUUGCAUAAUAACAGUGGUGCAUGAAAUAGAUAGAUCAAACAGAUCCAUAUCUGAGGUAAUCUUUUCCUCCACAGAAUAAUGACCUCACAGACACAGAGGACAUGGCAAAAUGUGGGUUUUUAUUUUGACAAAAUGUUUGUCAUUCGCUGUUACUGCAUCUGAAAUGAAAACUAUAAAUUAUCAGCUAAUUAGUGUGUGUGAGAGAGCGAGAGAAGCAAUAGGCAGAGCCAGGAAUUUACUCCUCUACAUGGAAAAAUAGAUUAUCUGCAAGGGUACAGUCGUGCGAUAUGGAGUGAGUGGAGCGUAACUCAUUUGAAUGGUUCUGCGAGUGAUUGUCCAUACAAAAGGAGAGUAGUACGUGAGGGAUGAUGAUCUCUAGCAAUAGGCCUAUACCAUCUGACAGUGUCUCUAUCUGUUCUCCCCUCAGUCUCUGAAGAGUCAGAUAGCCCAGUGGGACAGUGUCACCUCUGGGACCUCUUUUGCUAUGCAGAGUCUGGAUCACAAAAACCUGGCUGGCAUUGGAGACCUCAGGGGCAGGGUGGCCAGGUAUACAUUUACUAUAACUGAGUCACUGUCUCUCACACACUCAUACACUCACACAAACAAUAACACCCAUUAGUGUUCUGAUGGGUUGCAUGAAAGUCUGUUUCAUUUCCAUACCUAGCAAAGCAGAACUUUACCAUUUGCAUUAUGGAAAUUAUGUUGCUCCCAUUCUUAGAAGUGUGUGUGUGUGUGUGUUCGUGCGUACGUGCAUUGAGUGUGUUUGUGUAUUUGAUACUCGUCCAAGUAGAAAAAAUGCUAGGGAGCAUCUCCCCUCAUCAUAUUUGAUUGACCAUCUAGAGUUCCAUAUCUGCUAUCAAAAUCUGGCAAACAUAGAGGUGUGAAUAUAGAUUUGUAAUCAUGAGGAAUAUACAGUGGGGGAAAAACGUAUUUAGUCAGCCACCAAUUGUGCAAGUUCUCCCACUUAAAAAGAUGAGAGAGGCCUGUAAUUUUCAUCAUAGGUACACGUCAACUAUGACAGACAAAAUGAGGAAAAAAAAUCCAGAAAAUCACAUUGUAGGAUUUUUAAUGAAUUUAUUUGCAAAUUAUGGUGGAAAAUAAGUCUUUGCUCACCUACAAACAAGCAAGAUUUCUGGCUCUCACAGACCUGUACCUUCUUCUUUAAGAGGCUCCCCUGUCCUCCACUCGUGACCUGUAUUAAUGGCACCUGUUUGAACUUGUUAUCAGUAUAAAAGACACCUGUCCACAAACUCAAACAGUCACACUCCAAACUCCACUAUGGCCAAGACCAAAGAGCUGUCAAAGGACACCAGAAACAAAAUUGUAGACCAGCACCAGGCUGGGAAGACUUAAUCUGCAAUAGGUAAGCAGCUUGGUUUGAAGAAAUCAACUGUGGGAGCAAUUAUUAGGAAAUGGAAGACAUACAAGACAACUGAUAAUCUCCCUCGAUCUGGGGCUCCACGCAAGAUCUCACCCCGUGGGGUCAAAAUGAUCACAAGAACGGUGAGCAAAAAUCCCAGAACCACACGGGGGGACCUAGUGAAUGACCUGCAGAGAGCUGGGACCAAAGUAACAAAAGCUACCAUCAGUAACACACUACGCCGCCAGGGACUCAAAUCCUGCAGUGCCAGACGUGUCCCCCUGCUUAAGCCAGUACAUGUCCAGGCCCGUCUGAAGUUUGCUAGAGUGCAUUUGGAUGAUCCAGAAGAGGAUUGGGAGAAUGUCAUGUGGUCAGAUGAAACCAAAAUAGAACUUUUUGGUAAAAAACUCAACUCGUCGUGUUUGGAGGACAAAGAAUGCUGAGUUGCAUCCAAAGAACACCAUACCUACUGUGAAGCAUGGGGGUGGAAACAUCAUGCUUUGGGGCUGUUUUCUGCAAAGGGACCAGGACGAAUGAUCCGUGUAAAGGAAAGAAUGAAUGGGGCCAUGUAUCGUGAGAUUUUGAGUGAAAACCUCCUUCCAUCAGCAAGGGCAUUGAAGAUUAAACGUGGCUGGGUCUUUCAGCAUGACAAUGAUCCCAAACACACCGCCCGGGCAACGAAGGAGUGGCUUCGUAAGAAGCAUUUCAAGGUCCUGGAGUGGCCUAGCCAGUUUCCAGAUCUCAACCCCAUAGAACAUCUUUGGAGGGAGUUGAAAGUCCGUGUUGCCCAGCGACAGCCCCAAAACAUCACUGCUCUAGAGGAGAUCUGCAUGGAGGAAUGGUCCAAAAUACCAGCAACAGUGUGUGAAAACCUUGUGAAGACUUACAGAAAACGUUUGACCUGUGUCAUUCCCAACAAAGGGUAUAUAACAAAGUAUUGAGAAACUUUUGUUAUUGACCAAAUACUUAUUUUCCACCAUAAUUUGCAAAUAAAUUCAUUACAAAUCCUACAAUGUGAUUUUCUGGAGAGAAAAAAAUCUCAUUUUGUCUGUCAUAGUUGACGUGUACAUAUGAUGAAAAUUACAGGCCUCUCUCAUCUUUUUAAGUGGGAGAACAUGCACAAUUGGUGGCUGACUAAAUACUUUUUUUCCCCACUGUAUGAGUUCCAGGCAGGUCAGAUGAAUCUCUCUGAUAGGAAAUGAGGAUCAGUGUAUGGGUCACAGCAGGUUAACCCACUCUAGAUUAUAGAUGAUGUCAUGCAUGGAGGUUGAGGAGUACAGUAAAGGGAGGGAGAGAAGCGGAUGCUCAGUGCUGUGUUGAUUUAGUGCCAGCCAAGGUUGUCUAAAGCUCUCCAACUUUAACUAUUUACCUCUUUUGGGCAAUUCAUGAAUAAUCAGGUACGUUGUCUGCUGUUCUUGUAAACAAAUCAAACUAACAGUAAAGUACCAGUAAAAGUGUCCUUAUACAGUAUCAGUCAAAAGUUUGGACACACCUACUCAUUCAAGGGUUUUUCUUUAUUUUUACUAUUUUUUACAUUGUAGAAUAAUAGUGAAGACAUCAAAACUAUGAAAAAAUACAUAUGGAAUCAUGUAGUACCAAAAAAGUGUUAAACAAAUCAAAAUAUAUUUUAUAUUUGAGAUUCUUCGAAUAGCCACACUUUGCCUUGAUGACAGCUUUGCACACUCUUGGUAUUCUCUCAACCAGCUUCAUGAAGUAGUCACCUGGAACGGAUUUCAAUUAACAGGUGGCACACUUAACCACCAUGGCUACCACAGCAUUCUGCAGCGAUACGCCAUCCCAUCUGGGUAGGGCUUAGUGGGACUAUAAUUAGUUUUUCAACAGGACAAUGACCCAACACACCUCCAGGCUGUGUAAGGGCUAUUUUACCAAGAAUGCGAGUGAUGGAGUGCUGCAUCAGAUGACCUGGCCUCCACAAUCCCCUGACCUCAACCCAAUUUAGAUGGUUUGGGAUGAGUCGGACGGCAGAGUGAAGGACAAGCAGCUAACUAGUGCUCAGCAUAUGUGGGAACUCCUUCAAGACUGUUGGAAAAGCAUUCCAGGUGAAGCUGGUUGAGAGAAUGCCAAGAGUGUGCAAAGCUGUCAUAAAGGCAAAGGGUGGCUAUUUGAAGAAUCUGAAAUAUUACAUAUAUUUUGAUUUGUUUAACACUUUUUUGGUUACUACAUGAUUCCAUAUGUGUUAUUUCAUAGUUUUGAUGUCUUAACUAUUAUUCUACAAUGUAGAAAAUAGUAAAAAUAAAGAAAAACCCUUGAAUGUGUAGGCGUGUCCAAACUUUUGACUGGUACUGUAAAUCUCAUUGUUGCUCUCCACAAAGUGCUUUGUAACAAAGCAAAGGGGAAGCUAUGUGAUGACACAAUACAUUUAGCUGAAGCACUGUUUGUGUUGAUAAAAGGCAUUGAGCAAUGGUUCCCAACAAGGAGUAGGAGGACCCCUGGGGGUACUUGGCCUAUCCACAGGGGGUGCUUGAGAAGACUCAGGAGGCCAUAGGCCUACUGGUCUAAUGCACAUGAAGGGGUAAUUCAGGGGUACUCCGGACAGAGCAAAAUUCAGUUGAUAGUACAGUAACCGAAAAAGGUUGGGAACCAUAGGACCAGAUCAAUUAAAGAACCAUAAAGCUAUACAGUGGAGUCAGACCAGUGGUGGUCGGUGCCGUUUAAGAUGAAGAGGACGAUAAUUGUUUUACUGAGCAUGGCCUUAUUUCUAUUACAGCGUAUGACUGCACAUUCAUAAUACAUUCACCCAGUUCAAUGCAACAUCGAUAGAUUUAGGCUAAUACAUUAUACUAAAAUGUUCCCUAUACCCAUCAUGAGGUUGCUACAACCUAGCCUAUGAAUGAAAGUUUACAACGUAGGUGCACAAGUCAAGACAAAUUUGAGUAAUCAAGGUGACAGACAUUUACAUAUUCAAUACCGCCUUGCACGCUCUUGCCUGCAUCUAGCUGAUAAAGGGUGUAAGCAUUAGUCCAACAGUUGCAAAAGAGAGUUCCUAUUGGACAAAUUCAGGUAUGAUUAUCCACAUUUCGUUCAGUUUGCUUCGUUUGAGAUAUUUUUUCAACAGAAUUGGACGGAAUUGAAUACACCCCUGAUCACAUGCAAACACAGUUCACUUUCAUAACAGCCACAUACAAACAGCAUGAUCCCUUUGAUCCUUGGAUAAUUCCUUCUUGCAUCUACGCGCUCUCCUCCUCUCACCUUUUCCCUUCGCUCAUGGACUUCAGUGCACAACACAUCAGCUGUCUGUGACCAUGCGAAAAAACCUUUCCAAGCCAAACCUUCAUAUCAUAACCGCUAACAGCUACACACAGCCUACAUUGUUGCAACCAUAUUAUCUAACAUCAAGUCAACAUAGCAACUGGAACUAACGUGUUAGUAAACCUGCUACAAUCAUGCAGUACAGUUUACAGUUAGCAAGCAGUAUAGCAGUUACACCAGCGGGCCCUGGUGGCAAUACAUUAAUGAGACCAAAAGCUUACCUUAACUUGGAAGAGUUCCAGUGUUGGAUAGCCAUAACCAGCUAGGUAACAUAGCAUCCCUCUCUGUUUGAGCCGGGUGUUUGAGUAGGCUAAGCUAGCUAGCUGCAUUCGCUAGAUAAGGAAGUGAAAGUGCAUUUUUUUGUUUAAAUAUCUCUCUCUCUCUCUCUUGCUUCUCCUUCAUUUUUUAAGAUAUGUAUUUGUUCAAAACUGUUCAGCUAUGUUUUCCUCUCUCUCUCUAGCUGUAGCUUAUUCUUUCAGUACUAUAUUCAUUCUCUGAUCCUUUGAUUUGGUGGACAACAUGUCAGUUCAUGCUGAAAGCUAGGUUGGCGGACGUCCUCCGGAAGUUGUCAUAAUUACUGUGGAAGUCUGUGGAAGGGGGUGAGAACCACGAGCCUCCUAGGUUUUGUAUUGAAGUCAAUGUACCCAGAGGAGGACGGAAACUAGCUGUCCUCCGACUACACCAUGGUGCUACCCUUCAAAGUGCUGUUGAGGCUGCUGUAGACCAUUGCAUAACAGUGUGUUUUAAUAAUAAUAAUAAUAAUAAUAAUAUGCCAUUUAGCAGACGCUUUUAUCCAAAGCGACUUACAGUCAUGCGUGCAUACAUUUUUGUGUAUGGUUGGUCCCGGGGAUCGAACCCACUACCUUGGCGUUACAAGCGCCGUGCUCUACCACCAAUUAUUUGGUGACGUGAAUAUAUUUAGCAUAGUUUUAUCUAAAAAUGAUAACUUUUUUAAUGUUUCACAUUUUUAAAAAAUGCAAUUCACUGAGGAGGAUGGUCCCUCCCUUCCUCCACUGAUGAGCCUCCACUGAGUCAGACACUACUGUAAAGGAGCUGCUGUUAGUCAAUUUGAGUUAGCUUCACAUUAAUGUUCAAAAGGUGCCUUUAUGUGAACAAUUCUAUGAAUUUGCAUAUACCCUGCAUUGUUGAUUAGUAUCUGUCACAUGGUGAAACGCUUGGGGUUAUCCAUUCUGAAAUGUGUAUUCAAAAGUUCAAAACUAUAUUUGCCUUGCUUGUAUAACAUUGGGCAAUUCCACUUUAAAACAAACUUUAAUAAACCAUACAACUCUAUGCACAAGGAGUACUUUUAAUGAUGUACACUGAACAUUACAAACACACUUUUACUGGAAGAACUGUUCAGAUGCAAAGUUUGGUAACAGAAUUUUCGUAAAAUCUCCCUCAGCUUUUUAUGUGACCACGGUUUUCCAGAAUUGCUCCGAAUUACGAUUCAAGAUGUCUGCAGAAAGAAUGGGGUGUCAGCUAUGACAUGACACUUUGAAAAAAAUCAAUUUUUAUUAGUGAACUACAGUAAGUGAAGUGAAUUUACACCUGAUAACAUAAUUUAGUUAAUGAAAUUACUUAAUGGGUCCCUGAUUUACUAUACAGAAAUGCAUAAUUAUGGGUAUGAAUAUCAUUCUCUUCAUGGCGAUAUAGCCUGAAAAGGUAUACAAAGGUAGAAAUAUACAAUAUCCUCCUUUGCAUAUUUGAGUAAUAUUCUACACACCGGCUAUUAUUUUACUCUGCGCACAAAAUACCAAAUUUGGUUGGUCCGCACCGGACCAAAUCUGUACAAAUCAUAGACAUCUAUAGUUCAAAAGUUUGGACAUCAAAGUACAGCACAGUAUAGCUCAGUAGACUAUAGUAAAGUAUAGUACAGAAUAGUAGAGUAUCGUUCAGUACAAUACAGUACAUUACAGUGUACUCAACUCUCGUGUGCUCUACUGUACUACACUUUAUUCUACUCUAUUCUACUCUACUGUACAGCACUGUACUGAACUUUACUCAACUUAUUUUUACUUUACUGUACUGAAAAAUUGACGUUCAGUGGCGUGUAUUCAUGGAUGCCAAGGGAAGCCAGGCUUCCCCAAACAAUUGACCAAGAAAAAAAGUAAAAUAAUGUAUAUUUCGUCUCUCUGUGUUUCAUAAUGUUCCUUCGAUUCGCAAGAGGCUGAAUGUAUCUCACAGGAGAAUGCAUCCGAGCGAGCGAAACACUGCCAUCUAUCUGAUGCUGUCUGGUCCAAACGAGUAUGACAUUGUUGCUGCCUGCAGCAUUUAAGGCAAGGGAAGCCAGCGAGCAUCUGGCCUUCCUUGACAAAAAAGUAAAACAAAUUAGCCAAUCAGCGUUGAGCUAAACUGAGCGAGCUCAACUGUGAUAGACCGUUUCGUCAACAUGAAAGAGAGGAGGAUGGCAUUGGCGUUUCAACAUGUUAUUCUACUUGAAGGAACACGCACGCACACAUGCACAGAGCAAUCAGAACCAUGGACAGCCUCAUCAUAUUUAGCUUACGUUGAAUGGACUAAAUUGUUUUUGGUAUCUUUUAGUUGUCACUAUAUUAGACUAAACAGAGGUGAUUUGAUGAUGUUGAAAUGUUGAAGUUGAAAUGGUGCUGGAAUAGUGGAGGCAGUUCCUGUUUUCUUUGUGACUUGCGGUAACUCUCUGUGGUUCUAAAUCAAUAGUUGUUUAGUGGUCCAAAUAUGUCGGAAACAUUAACUUGCUUGACCAUGCUGUAGGUCAUGUAACUGUCUGUUACUGUACAUGCAAUAUGCUUUGUGGACUACACUGGACAGAGGUUCUAUCCGGUUUUGUGAUAAAACAAAGGUGUGGUUGAAUUUAUUCUGCCUUAUUUUCUCUGCCUUUAGGCCUAUGUAUCGCAAGGCAUAUGAAUUAACAGGUUAUAGAGCAAACAACACAAUUAUCACAACACAUAGGUUGUAAUAUGGCUUUUAUUGCUUGGCUUCCCCAGUAAUUUUACCCACACACCGCAACUGUAGAUGUUUAUGAUUGAUUCAGAUUUGAUCUGGUCCGGACUGGACCAAAUCUGAACCAAUCAUCCACGUCUAUGUUUGGGCCAAAUCAAGACCAGUCCGGACCGUACCAAAAAAACCGAUGUCUGUGUAUGUUGAAAUCAAUGCCAGGGCGGACUGACCAAAUUUCAAUUACUUUUAAACGUCCAUGGACGUCUGGAUCCGGUUGGUACUCAGUGGAUAAGGAUGCUGGUUACAGAAAAUGGAAAGAGAGGGAGCUCAUGGGUAGGUGUCAGUAAGAGUCGGGAGAGGUGACAUUAACUGGAGAGAGAGAGAGAGAUAGAGAGAGAGGCAGAGAGAGAGAGCGAAAGAGGGGUUGUCUAGACUGUUUCACACUUGCUUUGACCACCAGACGACAGAAUGAGAAAGAAAACAGUUAUGAGCUGAACAUAACAAUAUGCCAGUGGAAGGGAGGACUGUAGCAGGUGACUUAACUGUAGUUUAUGACUAUUAUUUUACCUUUUAAGACAUUUUCUGGUAAAUAUUUUCCAAAACCCCUUUUCCAUCUGUUUGAUCAGAAAUCAAAGCCUUUUGCUUAUUCCUAAUUUUUUGGAUGGAAAAUCUAAACAAACAAAAAAAAAAAAAAAAAAAUUUAUCAAAAAUAUAGACUCUUAGCUUUCAUUUGACACCCAAUUUGACAAGCUCCUAUGAACUUCCCAGAGAUGGUCAAGCCAAGUGGGAGUGUGUUGUACUGUAAUGGUACAGACAGCUGUCUUUCCCUGUCUCACUCUCAGGUGUGAUGCCAGCAUUGCCAAGCUGUCAGGUGAUGUGAGCGACAGGGCACAGAAGAUCGUCAGGCUCCAACAGGAGGUGUCAGAGGUCAAGUCAGGUUUGGGAGAGCGACUGAGAGAGAUGGACAUCAAGGUUAGAGGCUCUGAACAACUGGACUGCUUGUAGUUCAGACUCAACCUGACCAAGCACUUCACAACAAGAUGCAUAAAGGAAUCUCCCUUUCAUUUUAGCUUCCUUUACUGAAGGAACCAACAUUGCCUCUCGCUGAAUACAUACAGUAUAUUGUAGGAAUGACGACUGUAGCAAAAACUGAUUGGACUUUGUGUUGGACGAAGAGUGAAAGAGGAUAUUACCCCAGGCCACUAUUCUCUAAUACUCUUAUUUUAUGAGAAAAGCACUUUUCAGACAAAAAAGGUGAAGGUUGACAAACACAUGAAGGUUUUAGAGCCUAAAACAGCCUCAGUUUUGAUUGUGUCUAGCCAGUGAAUUGCACAAGUUGUGUUGAUCCAUUCUCUUGUGAUCAAUAACAGAAAAAAUACAAAAGCUCAAGCUAUGUUUAGCUCACAUACAGCAUGUCUGCAGUCGUCCUCUACUCCCAUCUUGGCCUUAGAGCCAACCAGUCCCAAUAUGCCCUACUCCCUGUGCUGUAGAGCCGGGCAUUAAAUCACUGGGAUUGCGGCACAUUAACUCUGGAGGAGUGGUCAAGAUAAUUGGAAAGUAGAGGAAAAUGGGUUGCCUCCAUUAGCACAAGGCAAGAGCACAAACCACAACAACGCUGACUCAUAACAACAAAAAAAAGGUAACUCAGGCGAAAUGACACUGUCAUUCUAUGCAUUCAUGCAUGUAGUUCACUGUGCCAUAGAGAACACACAUCACAAACUAUAUACAUACAGUUGAAGUCGUAAGUUUACAUACACCUUAGCCAAAGAGAUUUAAACUAAGUUUUUCACAAUUCCGGACACUUAAUCCUUGUAAAAAUUCCCUGUUUUAGGUCAGUUAGGAUUACCACUUUAUUUUAAGAAUGUGAAAUGUCUGAAUAAUAGUAGAGAGAAUGAUUUAUUUCAGCUUUUAAUUAUUUCAUCACAUUCCCAGUGGGUCAGAAAUUUACAUACACUCAAUUAGGAUUCGGUAGCAUUGCCUUUAAAUUGGUUAACUUAGGUCGAACGUUUCUGGUAGCCUUCCACAAGCUCCCAAAAUAAGUUGGGUGAAUUUUGGCCCAUUCCUUCUGACAGAGCUGGUGUAACUGAGUCAGGUUUGUAGGCCUCCUUGCUCGCACAUGCUUUUUCAGUUCUGCCCACACAUUUCAAUAGGAUUAAGGUCAGGGCUUUGUGAUGGCCACUCCAAUACCUUGACUUUGUUGUCCUUAAGCCAUUUUGCCACAACUUUGGAAGUAUGCUUGGGGUCAUUGUCCAUUUGGAAGACCCAUUUGCGACCAAGCUUUAACUUCCUGACUGAUGUCUUGAGAUGUUGCUUCAAUAUAUCCACAUAAUUUAACCUUUAACUUCCUGCAGCAAAGCACCCCCACAGCAUGAUGCUGCCACCCCCGUGCUUCACAGUUGGGAUGGUGUUCUUCGGCUUGCAAGCGACCCCCUUUUUCCUCCAAACAUAAUGAUGGUCAUUAUGGCCAAACAGUUCUAUUUUUGUUUCAUAAGACCAGAGGACAUUUCUCCAAAAAGUACGAUAUUUGUCCCCAUGUGCAGUUGCAAACUGUAGUCUGGCUUUUUUAUGGCAGUUUUGGAGCAGUGGCUUCUGCCUUGCUGAGCGGCCUUUCAGGUUAUGUCGAUAUAGGACUUGUCUUACUGUGGAUAUAGAUACCUUUGUACCUGUUUCCUCCAGCAUCUUCACAAGGUCCUUUGCUGUUGUUCUGGGAUUGAUUUGUACUUUUUGCACCAAAGUACGUUCAUCUCUAGGAGACAGAACGCGUCUCCUUCCUGAGCGGUAUGACGGCUGCGUGGUCCCAUGGUGUUUAUACUUGCGUACUAUUGUUUGUACAGAUGAACGUGGUACCUUCAAGCGUUUGGAAAUUGCUCCCAAGGAUGAACCAGACUUGUGGAGGUCUACAAUUUUUUUUCUGAGGUUGGCUGAUUUCUUUUGAUUUUCUCAUGAUGUCAAGCAAAGAGGCACUGAGUUUGAAGGUAGGCCUUGAAAUACAUCUACAGGUACACCUCCAAUUGACUCAAAUGAUGUCAAUUAGCCUAUCAGAAGCUUCUAAAGCCAUGACAUCAUUUUCUGGAAUUUUCCAAGCUGUUUAAAGGCACAGUCAACUUAGUGGAAUUGUGAUACAGUGAAUUAUAAGUGAAAUAAUCUGUCUGUAAACAAUUGUUGGAAAAAUUACUUGUGUCAUGCACAAAGUAGAUGUCCUAACCAACUUGCCAAAACUGUAGUUUGUUAACAAGACAUUUGUGGAGUGGUUGAAAAAUGAGUUUUAAUGACUCCAACCUAAGUGUAUGUAAACUUCCGACUUAAACUGUAUAUCUUUUUUUAUGCUAUAUAUACAUUUUCUAAAACAUUCGUAAAUCAACUUUUAUUGUUUAAAGAAAUUAUGAAAGAGAUUGGUGUGUAUUUUCACUUUCUAAUCAUGGCAUGGGUUUGUUCAAUGACAUACAGUACAUGUAUUUGUUUAAAAUCUAUCACUUGAUCGUUUCAUUUCAAUCAUGUUUUUUGCUAUAUAUCCGCCUCACUCUCAGAUAAAUAAGUAGUACUACUAGGUUUUAUACAGUCAAAGGUAACAAAUAACUACAUAACAUUUGUGACAUCAAUAUAGAAAAAUAUAAAAAAAUUAUUCAAUACAGCAGUAUGAGAUCUUUAUGUAAAACAUUUACAUUUGACAUUUUAGUAAUUUAGCAGAUGUUCUUAUCCAGAGUGACUUACAGUAAGUGCAUUCAUCUUAAGAUAGCUAGGUAAGACAACCACAUUCACAGUCGAAUAUACAUGAUACGAACAUUCCAUUCCAGCUAAACAAUGGAUGUAUAGCGUUUUGCAAAAGAAAUUGCAUUUUAAUACACAUCUAUUAAUAAAAAAUAUAGCAAAUAUAGAAUAUAGCGUUUUGGAAAUAAACUCUUCAUGUGUAUGUCACACAGGGGCCAGGUUUGAGGCUGAGUUGACUGUUUACACUGCCUGCCUGUCUGUUUGCCUGCCUGUCUGCCGUCUGUCUGUCUGUCUGUCUGCAUUCCUGUCUGUCUGGAGUGUCCAUACAUACAGGGACCUUUAAAUAUUUGGAUCCGUUUUUAAUGUAAAUUUGAAUGGUGGAUUCAAAUAAUGUAUUUAAAAAGUGUGUGUAUGUGUGUGUGUGUGUGUGUGUGUGUGUGUGUGUGUGUGUGUGCGUGUGUGAGUGUGUGUGUGUGUGUGUGUGUGUGUGUGUGUGUGUGUGUGUGCAGCUGUCUCAGGCAGUUAGCAGACUGGAGGUGUUGCUGGUGGAGCAGACCCACGGCCAGAGAAACAGCUGGACUGAUCUGCACAGCCACAUCAAGCUCCUGGAGGCCAAGUGUGUCUUGCGCUCUUACAGUAACCCCUUUACCACACACACAACCUGGACACUGACCUUUAAAAGCCUGUAGCGAAACAACUUAAUCAUACUGUUUAUGGGGGGGGGGGGGGGGGGGGGGGGGAAUACUAAUACUAGUAACUAUGCUGUAUUCUAUGUCACAGAAUUUAACAGUACAUAAUGUGGUAGCACCAUGAAGGUACUAGGUCAAAGCCCCUACAUCAAGGAAGCUUAGUCCUACAUAUUUAUUUUUCAAAGGCAAUAUAAGAGAUAGCUCUCUCCUUGGGAAAUGCACAACCUUUGCCAUUAUAAGUGGAGGCAAAAUCAUUAUUCAAUGUUAAAGCCCUCGUUUUUGUAUUUUUACAAUGGAGACACUAAGAUCUGACCCAAGCAGGUAAUUCAUCUGUAUCUACUGCAUCAUGGCCUGGCGCCAGUAACAGGUAAUGAAUAGCUUAAGCACAUCCUGUUGCACAGCCGAGCCCCUUCAAACCACAUGCACACACACAAACACACACAGACACACAGGCAACGGUCAUUGAAAGUUGUAGAAGGUUAAAAAAAUUUAAUAAUUAUGAAUGCAAGUUGUACAAUGGAUAAAGACACUCCAAACUAAAAUCCAUCAGAUGACUGAAUUACAGUAUAGCACAUAAAACAUUUUACUGGCAAGGACAAAUAAUGAAUGGAGUUCAGGCAUUUUGGUGGGAAUUCAGGUAUUCCAUUUAUUGUCAUAUUUAACUUUUUUUCUUAUAAUGCACUCAAAUCCACUGAGUGUACAAAACAUUAGGAACACAUUCCUAAUAUUGAGUUGUACCCCCUUUUGGUAAGAACAGCCUCAAUUCAUCGGGGCAUGGACUCUCCAUGCUGGCCUGUGGAAUUGCCCAUAUAUACACUACCAGUCAAAAGUUUGGACACACCUACUCAUUCAACGGUUUUUCUUUAUUUUUACUAUUUUUUAUAUUGUAGAAUAAUAUGAAGACAUCAAAACUAUGAAAUAACACAUAUGGAAUCAUGUAGUAACCAAAAAAGUGUUAAACAAAUCAAAAUAUAUUUUAUAUUUGAGAUUCUUCAAAUAGCCACCCUUUGCCUUGAUGACAGCUUUGCACACUCUUGGCAUUCUAUCAACAAGCUUCAUGAGGUAGUCACCUGAAAUGCAUUUCAAUGAACAGGUGUUCCUUGUUAAAAGUUAAUUUGUGGAAUUUCUUUCCUUCUUAAUGCGUUUGAGCCAAUCAGUUAUGUUGUGACAAGGUAAGGGGGUAUACAGAAGAUAGCCCUAUUUGGUAAAAGACCAAGUCCAUAUUAUGGCAAGUACAGCUCAAAUAAGCAAAGAGAAAUGACAGUCCAUCAUUACUUUAAAAAAUGAAGGUCAGUCAAUACGGAACAUUUCAAGAACUUUGAGUUUCUUCGAGUGCAGUUGGAAAAACCAUCAAGCGCAAUGAUGAAACUGGCUCUCAUGAGGACCACCACAGGAAUGGAAGACCCAGAGUUACCUCUGCUGCGGAGGAUAAGUUCGUUAGAGUUACCAGCCUCAGAAAUUCCAGUCCAAAUAAAUGCUUCACAGAGAUCAAAUCACAGACACAUCUCAACAUCAACUGUUCAGAGGGGACUGUGUGAAUCAGGCCUUCAUGGUCAAAUUGCUGCAAAGAAACCACUACUAAAGGACACCAAUAAUAAGAAGAUACCUGCUUGGGCCAAGAAACAUGAGCAAUAGACAUUAGACCGGUGGAAAUGUGUCCUUUGGUCUGUAGUCCAAAUUUGAGAUUUUUGGUUCCAACCGCCGUGUCUUUGUGAGCCGCGGUGUGGGUGAACGGAUGAUCUCCGCAUGUGUAGUUCCCACCGAAAGCAUGGAGGAGGAGGUGUUAUUGUGUGGGUGUGCUUUGCUGGUGACACUGUCAGUGAUUUAUUUAGAAUUCAAGGCACACUUAACCAGCAUGGCUACCACAGCAUUCUGCAGCGAUACGUCAUCCCAUCUGGUUUGGGCUUAGUGGGACUAUCAUUUGUUUUUCAACAGGACAAUGACCCAACACACCUCCAGGCUGUGUAAGGGCUAUUUGACCAAGAAGGAGAGUGAUGGAGUGCUGCAUCAAAUGACCUGGCCUCCACAAUCUCCCGACCUCAACCCAAUUGAGAUGGUUUGGGAUGAGUCGGACGGCAGCAUGAAGGAAAAGCAGCCAUCAAGUGCUAAGCAUAUGUGGGAACUCCUUCAAGACUGUUGGAAAAGCAUUCCAGGUGAAGCUGGUUGAGAGAAUGCCAAGAGUGUGCAAAGCUGUCAUCAAGGCAAAGGAUGGCUAUUUGAAGAAUCUCAAAUAUAAAAUAUAUUUUGUUGAACACUUUUUUGAUCAGUACAUGAUUCCAUAUGUGUUAUUUCAUAGUGUUAAUGUCUUCACUAUUAUUCUACAAUGUAGAAAAUAGUAAAAAAUAAAGAAACACCCUUGAAUGAGUAGGUUUGUCCAAACUUUUGACUGGUACUGUACAUUAGGUGUAUUUGCACACAUUAAUAAAUAAAUAAAUAUAAAGCGGUGGAUCAGGGCUGUAACCUACCUGCGCCCACCUGCGUUGUCUAGACUUCCUCAUUAAUACUGUUGUUGUCACAUUUUCUUGCAUAAUUCAUUAAGUGCGUCAAGAGAAGGAGACCCUGGCGAUUUAAUAUCAUAACACUUGGCUCUAGAUUACACCUAUCUAUACAUACUUUACAUUGUGUGCGAGAUCAGACAUAAUAUCACUAUAAUCCGAGUGUUCCUUUUUGGAAGUUGCUUUCAUUUCAGCACAUCUAAUUUGUAAACGUUUGAACUAUAUUAAAUCAUUACUCUUUUCAAUUGCACAGAAAAUGUGUCUAGACAAUGCGUUACAUCGUCAACAAAGCAUCAGCGCAAGUGGAUUUUGCACCCCCCAAACACAGGAGCUAGAUGGUUGAAAAGGAGAGAUCCUCAGGUGGGCGUGGCAUGUGUGUUGCUACAAGCACCCACACACGCAGGUACACAACCCACAGAGCGCUAAUACCGACCCUAGAGGCUGCCUCACUGAAACUCUGUCAAGAGGUAACACUUGAUGAUGAGAGCAAUGAGGCAUGCUGUAUUUUAGAAGCUAGGGGGUGAAGACAUAGCGUCACACCCUUGAGGCAAUUAUUGAUGAGUCAUUGAGUAUAUUGUGCCACUACUUGCAGAAAGCCUUUUUGGAAAGCUAACUCGGCAUAUCCAAGGUGGCAGCUUUCCCUGCUCUGUUUUUGGGACUUUCCUCUGCUAUUUUAGAUUAGUGUGAAUAAAGUGGACAGAUGGCUCUCUCUCCUCUCUCCUCUCCAAUGGGGAAAGCCUGGCUGUGGACUUCUGAUGGAGAGGCAGCAUUUGAGUGCAGCAGAGUGAAGUGCUUGGCUUGCAGACCAAACAAAACAAAGAGUAUGCUGUUUCUGAGAAGGUCACUGGCAUAACUACCCAAGAGAACAUACUUUAGGGUACCUCCUCCUCCCAUCCAAGUGCAGGGCCUGCUAGACCAACACACUCAUUUAAUAAGAAGUGAGAUGCUGAACAUUCUUUACACCCUAAAUCUUAGAUAGACUAUUGAGAUAGUUGUGCAACUGUUUAGGUUGAUUUCUCAGUGCGCCAUCCUUAACAGAACAAACUGCCAGAGGUGACUCUUGUGAGGUGUAUAUGAUAGUUCACAAUCCUCAACAAUCUGUACCCAGUUGCACGUGGAUAUCAGAUCAAUAACAUUUAUAUUCCUCCUGCAGGAGCUCUGGUGGGGUAAGGGAGGCGAGGGAGGACACAAACAGACUGAGGAUGUGGACAGAGCAACAGCUACGUAGCUCAGCACAGGCACACAGACAUGGCAGCGAGGCGCUACGGUCACUACUGCAGGACAAAAUGGUAGUAUGCCUUUAUGCGUGUGUUAGUGUGUGUCUGUCUGUCUGCUGGACUAUGGUAAGGCGUGUGGGUGUUUGCAGGUGGAGGCGGAUGGGAGGCUCAGUGAGCAGUUCAGGCUGCUGUCAGUCCGUGUGGAGAGAGCAGAGAUCCAGCUGGAACAGGAGCGCCAGGCAGACAGGGUGAAGCACUCGAAGAGUAAACUCCACAGCAGGAUCAGCACAGUGGAGACAAGCCUCCGGGAAGAGCUGCAGCUGAUCAAACAGGACUACCAGUCAGGUCGCUACUUACUCCCUCACUAACACUGUCAAUAUCAGAGACAGGAGACCUAUACCAGGAAAAACUCUGGGUAUUAGGUAUAACUUAUAUAAGGUGUGGAUGACUGUCACAAUAGGGGUCAGAGAAGGAACGAUAAAUAGGACAACUGGGUAAGUGCAUUAAAGACCUAGAUCCAAUGGCCUACAUCAGCAAUGAGCUCCCAGCUUGUAUUUCUUUGGCCAUGUUAAAUGACACACCUAACUAACAGCGUUCUCCUCCCAGGUGUUUGGGCCUGUUCUAAUUAAGUAGGCCUGAUAAGUGCCACCAGACCUCAGAAACUAAUUUAGAAUGGUGCCUUUUGGAGCAGAUAGAUGAUGAGCACAAUAUUGAUGCAUAGUUACAGCAGUCCCAAAUGCCAUCUUUCACGAGACAUCAGGUAAGUCAAACAUAUCAAAGAAAAAAAUUUGUAUUGGAGUUUCCAUAAACAGGGUCUAUUCAAAUCGAUCCACUCGAUGUGACAUGAAAACAAAAUAAAAAGCAACCAAGGGAAGUAAACAAAUGAAAAUGUAACAGGCUCUUCCACCAAGCCUUCAAGCAUGGAGUUGGGGUGAUGUUAUCUAUGUCUCUAUCUCUCCGUUAAUAAGUCAUGGGGUGGACGUAAGCACGGCAGCCUGUUGUUGGGUUGACAUCUAAUGCCAAUUUCCUGAUGCCAAUUUCCAGCUCAUUUCCCCAAGGAGCUGAUGUUGGCUCUAAGGCCUUCACUCUGCAGGGCUUCUGAAACCCUUGACAAAAAGCAAAGGGACAGCUCAGUAAAUAAAACCAGCAAUAAACCCAGUGAUGAAUCAUGCCUCAGUCUCAGCCCCUCAAUCGUUCGCUCUGUCUUCAGAGGAAUGAAGGGAAAAGAGAGGGGAGGAAAAUGCAUAAUUGACAAGGUUCUUAAUGUUCAAUACAGAGCAGCAGCAGUAAGGCAGAGCCUAUAGGAGAGUUUAUGAAGGCUGUAAAUCAUGUUGCAGGGACUGACUCUCCUUAUCCCCCUCCACUCUGACGGCCAGGGUUCCAGUCUAUCCAUGAUGCCAUAGACUCGCUGAGGCAGAUCGGUGACACCAAAGCCCGGCUAGACAAGGAGAAGCUGCAAAAGGACAUCAAACAAAUCCGCAGGAAGAUGGUGGAGCUGAGAGAUGUGUGA